UUUUUUUUCUUGCAAAUUUGGAGGCUGUUGUUUUCCUUUUAAGUGAACAGUUCCCUGAUAUUUGCAAAUAAUUCCAAGUUGUGCGAUGCUACAACUUUUCACUGUCAAAACCCAAAUUCCCUCACAUGCCCCAGUCCUUUACAAGUCUUGUGUUCCCUAGGGAUUGCCAGAAAACAGCCAGGCAGCCCAAGGAGCUCUGUGGAAGCUGGGGAUCCCCACUGAUGGUGCUUUGCUGCCCUGGAGUGAUGCACACAAUUUUUACCAGGGAAAUGCAAGAGUGUGUCUGGUUGCUCAUUGUCUUACUUGCUCUGUGAGUGCAGUGAGAUGAAUUUCUGAGCAACAGUUGGAGUUCAGAGGGCUGUGCCUGCUCCGUGUAUCAGUGGUGAAGAAAGCUGCAAAGGGGUGAAUGAUGCUCUUCCAGAUGGAAAAGUUAAUGGGUUUGGAGUCAAAGCUGAGUGGCAGCAGGGCUUGUUUGGAUAUGGGAAUGUUCUGGAACAAUUCUGGGCCUGUUAGUGUGUUCUUCCCCAGAGAUGGCUGGAAGGGAUGGGUUUUCCUCAGGUUCAUUUGGUCUCUGUCAUCGUUGUACAUAUAAUCCUAUUUGCAGCUUCCUUUUCUGGCCGUAUUUGAUUACCGUUAGCUUAAAUGAAUUGUGAAGAGCCUUGAUCCAAACUGAGCAUCCUGUGCACAUCUCUUAGUUGACUUUAAUAUGCAACUUCAAAACAUGAAGCAAGGAAAACCACUGGCAUUUAUUAGCACAAGCCAGUGCCGAGUGGUGAGCUAAAUGUCUUGUUUAUACAAGAUAUACAAUAAGAAAUGUUUGGUACAGUGUGUUCUCCCUGAGAAGUCAAUGCAGCUUGAGCAUGCCCUGGAACACACUCAGCACAUUUGUUCUGUUCCUCAGGCCGGAUUAUGGGCAGAAAUAUCAUCUUGCUGCCCCACGGCCAACUGCCACAGCUUGGCUGCUGUCUGUGAUGGGUCCCUUUCUCCUGCCUGUAGGGCACAGAGUACCAAGGGGCGAGCAAAUUGCUGUGCUUCCCCAUGAAAAUGAAGGCUUUUGGAUAUCUUCUGGGAGCUGUUUUGGCAGGAACACAGGAAAGAUGCAACGUGGAGAUGAGGUGGUCUGGCAGCCUUCUCUUGAUGCUGGCAGGCUCACUGCUUGCUUUUUGACUCUGCUUCUCUCAGAGAAAAAUGAGUGCUCUUGUUGUGAUGGACUGUGCAGCCUGUCCUGGGGUGUGCUCUCCUCAUGUCUCUUGUGGUUUUGCCUUACCUGUAUGGUGCCUGUAUGUGGAAGGAGCCCAGGGCUGCUCUGUUUAGCAUCACAAACCCUUUGCCCCAGAUACAGUGGUUGACAGAUUGCAGUGUUUACUGAGGUGCCUAACAGAAGCAAUGCUCCCCCGUAUUUCUCAAGAAAUAAGAUGAAAGAAGCAAAUAAAUUCAAAAGAAGCAAGAGUCAAAACAGGGAUUUGCUUAUUGGGAAAGUGCAGGUUUAGUGAGAGGAGGUUCAAGUGAUGCCUAAUCCUGUGAGAUACCCAGCCAGCAGCCGUAAGCUUGGGUGCAUUUCCCUCACCUAACCAGGUGCUUGCAGAUCUUCUCCCACACUAUCAUUUCCACAGCUGUGCUCUGCACCACUCUGCAUCAUUGAAGUGCCCUCACAGGAAGCAGGGCUGGGUUUUGGUGGUCUCAUGUGCAGAAGGAGGUGCAAGUGUGGCUGGAGACAGCAAGGACAGGAGCUGGGAGCUGUACCUCUUCUACAGGGGGAGCCCAGAAGCACCUCCCCGCAGUACUUGUGUCCUCUGUAACCCACGGGAUUUCCAUCCACUCACUCACUCACUCACUCACCCAUCCAUCCAUCCAUCCAUCCAUCCAUCCAUCCAUCCAUCCAUCCAUCCAUCCAUCCAUCCCUCUCCAUGCCCAGGCUGUAAUCCUGCCAGCUUCAAGUGUCAGCCCUUACGUCUGUAGACGGUGGUGUAACUUCCCUCAGCUUCCAAAAACAGACUUUUUUUGCUUUGCUGCCUGUCUGCCCCUGGCAGUAAGCCACUUACAUGGGUGAUAUAACUGCAGUCCUUGCUGAAAUGUUCCUGGGCCCUGGUCUGGAAAGGGAGUGAGCCAGCCCUGCUUGCUGCCUCGCUCAAAUGUUUGCUUUCCAUUUCCUCUGCAGCUGAGAGAGAAUCUGAAUUUGAUACUAUAAGCUCCAGACAGAACACUUUUAAUCCCAAAAACAUUUCACAGGGAUAAACCAGAAUGAUACAGAAGAGGAUGUGGGUCGUAACACUGAUUUUCCUGCUGUGAGAUAGAUCUGAACCUACACCUUCACCCCUCUGACAGCCAAUAGCUCUUCUGUUUGAACAAACAUAGGUAUGCAAAGCUCCACUGUAUCCCCUAAAGACAAGAUCCAGUGUGAGUUUUAGGUUCCAGAAUGCUUGAGUUGAAAUGUUGUAUUGUUUUUGCAGCAAAUAAGAAAGUCAGUUACAAUAUCCAACUCAAUGUGCUGCAGUGGUGCAAAUGUGACAUAUCCCAUGCCAUGCCCUCCCCCUAACCCCUGUGCUUUGCCAGCAGAUGCAUGCAGUCAGCUGGCAGCUCAGGUUGGAUGUGGAGAGCCACUGGCCACAGCCAUCCCUGCCCCACAGUGCCCUGCUUGGCAUGGUGCAGUGCCAUACACAACACACAGCAGCCUUCAAAAAUGACAGAAAACCAUCUGCAUUAAGCAUUAGGACAGUGUCCAAACAUGAAGUCCUUUCGCAAUGGCAGGAAAGUGAAAAUAACGAAUACAAACAGCACAAGGCAUGCAGCUGUGUCAUGACAGUAGGAAAAAUGGAGUAGCUACCACUAUCUCUUGAGAAAGCAAAGUGCUUCAUACGUUGCACGAAAGCAGCUUAAACUCUGUUUCAUCUCAAAUCUUUGGUGAGGUGACGAUUAUAUAGCAUGUUACUGUUCAGGGUCUUGCAGAACAUGGUAGGUGUUCUCUGCAGGUGCUAAGCAGCAUUACUCUGCACUCCUUCAACUGCUAUGGUAAGUAACAUUAGGAAUUUUACACGUUAGGAAAUAGGUCUCAUGACCCUCAUGCUACUAACAGCUGACCUUGCAAACCCCUUCACUGAGUGCAAGAGAUUCCUUCCAAAGUAAGGACAGCAGAAUUUGGUUAUCUACACAAAUCCCUACUGUGGUGAACACGGGGAUUUUAGAGCAUCUUGGAUCCCUUUGUAAAUAGUGUGCUAGAUGUCCUUGUUUUACUGCGCCAGUAAUCUUCCUUUAGAUGAGUAUGUUGUGUACAAUUUGUUCAAGCUUCUGUGGAAGAGGAAUCCACCAUGCGCUAUUCAGUAUGAAGUAAAUGUGUUUGACAAAAGUCUAGAUGGAAAUGUACUUCCAGACCCAGAUAUAAUUCAUGAUAUAAUCAACGUAUCAAAUAAGAGAAAGAUUGUUUUUUCUUUCAAAUGUGUGGUAACAGAUUGUUGUCUGGCAAAGAAAUUAUACAACCUAAGGGAGCUGUUUUCAAGGACAAGUCUGGAAAAAAGAUUGGAGAGCAUGAUACUAAAUGUACUAUAUUAACUGGGGAAGUCCCAUGGACAUCACUGGCUCUCAGCCCAGGAUUUGGCAGUGAUUUCAUUUUGAUCCUCUUCCCCUAAAGGACUGCAAAGAGAUCUUUCCUUCAUCCCGGAAAUGAAAUUACCCAGAAAAGUCAGGAAUGUUUAUUCCUUCAGCUCAAAGUCCAGAUUGGAUCUGAACUGCAAUAAGACUACCUGAUGCAGGGGCUCUUCUGCUGAGGUUUACUUUGCAGGUGAAUCUCUCCAGGAGUUGAGGUACUGGAAAGAUAGGAAUGUUCUAAAUGUUGGGCUUGUCUAUAGCUGCAAGAGUAUCCAGAGCAAACUUCAUGCUGAAGGCAGGAGCAGAUUUUAUCCGUGCCCAAGCUGGUUGGUAGCUCACAUUGUUACUGACUGCUAACGCAACGUUUGGGUUAAGCAAGACUCUCCUCAGGCAAUACCAUCAAAAAUAAAUAAAUAAAUAAAAGAUUUCUGCCAUUUGAAAAGAAGUCAGAGGUUCAUGUGGAACGAACAGGGCGGAUUCAGCACGAGGGCAGGUUGAAUGCCUCUGAAUAAUUGCUGGGGAAUGUAUGCGGGUUUUCCUUGGGUCGCAGAGCAGGCGACAGCGCUGAGAACAUGUUCUGGUGUGCUGGGACACAGAGAGCACGUGGCCUGCCGAGCCACACUGAUGCAGUUGGAGGCACAUGAAGAAUGGUUGUUCCCAGAGCUCCCCCCUGCCGCGGAUCCUGCCAUAAAUCUUUGUUGUGUUGGUGUUGCUACCCGUGCUUGUCUCACAAUCAUUGCCAUAGCCGUGACUUGCAGGGAUGUGUGUUUGAGCAGCUUAAAAGGUAACAGCAAAUCCGGCCACUUCUAACGCUGUGUUUGAACAGCUCAUAAAGAUGUGGUGCAGUGCUGACAGCAUCUGCAGGUGCUUUUCUCUCUCAAGCAAACAAGUUCAACUCAUUUCUACUGACAGAGGAAGCUGCUGCUCAGCCACGCCGUGGCAAAGCAUGCUUUAUUUCCUCACGUAAUCUCACAUCACAGCACAUACUGCUCUGAAGACUGAACGUGCUUGCAGGCAUUUGUUUAGCACAAAGUUCAUUCUGCAAAAGCACGGUGCUUUUGCAAGAAAGCGAUUGUACUUUCAAGUGGUUGGGAAAUACUGAAGGGCAAAUUAAGAACCCUUGCCCCGAAGCCAUUUUGCCAGAUUGCUCUCUUGCUGUAGGCAAUGCCUUAUUUCCUCAUUAGCCUCUUCAAGAAAGCUGAAUGCUCCCAUAAAACUAUUAUGUGCUGGUCUCUGUUAGAAGCUUCAAUCCUAUUAGGAUUUUACUAUCCAGGUGCUUUCCCAUACACUUUUCACUCCUGAUACAACACAUGGAGACUCAGGCUGGGUAGUGCCUUACUGAACAAGGAGCCUCACUAAUUGAGAACAGUGUAUGCAGCUGCUGUGCUCCUGAGUGCCCAUAGGGUAUACAUGGGGAAGGCUGCUCAACUUGGUGAAGCACAGGAGGUCCUCAGUUAAGUCGUUGUCAUUAAGCCAUUGCUUGUUAAAUUCCUCCUCUGGGGGUGGCUUUGCUUUUAUGACCUGUCUUGUCUUUGUGUGUCCUGUGCGUGGAAGGUGUUUAGAAACCGAAGUUUAACCCCUGUUGUGCCCUUGGCUUUCAUGCAUCUCCUGAGCUGAGACUUUGGCAUGAAGAAGGGAGAGAAGGAACAGAAGGAAGGGAUGGGUGUUGGAUGUGAUGGGAGACCGGUGUGCUGGGAACUGCUUGUGCGGCAGGAACGGAGGACUUCAGUCUGUCAAAUGAAAAAGAUGCUCACGCCAGUGACAAUGAUGAGAACUCAGAUCGUGGCAACUGGUCGAACAAAGCUGACUACCUUCUCUCCAUGGUGGGCUACGCCGUGGGCCUGGGCAACGUCUGGCGUUUUCCAUAUCUCACCUACCAGAACGGCGGAGGUGCUUUCCUAAUCCCAUACACAUUGAUGUUGGCAUUAGCUGGCUUGCCUUUAUUUUUCAUGGAAUGCUCCCUUGGGCAGUUUGCCAGCCUAGGCCCCAUUUCCAUCUGGAGAAUAUUACCAUUGUUUCAAGGAGUGGGUGUCACGAUGGUCAUCAUCUCAACGUUUGUGGCAAUCUAUUACAACGUCAUCAUUGCCUAUGCACUCUACUACUUGUUUGCCUCAUUUCAAAAAGUGCUUCCAUGGUCAGAUUGCUUUUCCUGGGCAGAUGAGUUCUGCAGCAAAACACGCCUAGUAAAGGACUGCAGUGCAAUGUUAGGUGGAGAAAUCAUUCAUGCAAACUACUCGUUCAUCACAAGCAACAACCUCACGUGUAUCAAUGGCACCAUCAACUAUAAACCAGUGCAGUUUCCUAGUGAACAGUACUGGAAUAAAGUGGCUCUUCAGCGCUCCACUGGGCUGGACGAGACUGGCAACAUCGUGUGGUACCUGGCCCUCUGCCUGCUCCUGUCCUGGAUGAUCGUUGGAGCUGCCUUGUUUAAAGGCAUAAAAUCUUCUGGAAAGGUUGUCUAUUUUACUGCUCUCUUCCCAUAUGUCAUCCUACUCAUCUUGUUGGUGCGAGGAGCCACCCUGGAAGGUGCUUUGGAUGGCAUUGAAUAUUACAUUGGGAAACAGUCCAACAUCACCAAGUUGAUGGAGGCAGAGGUUUGGAAGGAUGCAGCCACUCAGAUAUUCUACUCCCUCUCUGUGGCAUGGGGUGGACUCGUUGCUUUGUCUUCAUACAACAAGUUCCACAACAACUGCUACUCGGAUGCUAUUUUUGUUUGUGUAACAAACUGCCUCACCAGCGUAUUCGCCGGGUUUGCAAUUUUCUCUGUCCUGGGACAUAUGGCAUUCGUGUUGAAGAGACCUGUCUCAGAGGUCGUGGACUCAGGAUUUGAUCUGGCGUUUGUAGCCUACCCUGAGGCUCUCUCCAAGUUACCAGUUUCCCCUCUUUGGUCCUUCUUAUUUUUCUUCAUGCUUCUGCUUUUGGGCCUUGACUCCCAGUUUGCCACUAUAGAAACACUUACAACCACCAUACAAGAUAUAUAUCCCAAAAUGAUGAAAAAGUUGAGAAUCCCUAUAACCCUGGGUGUGUGUGUAUUGCUCUUCUUUCUUGGUCUGAUCUGUGUUACUCAGGCAGGAAUUUACUGGGUGAACUUAAUAGAUCACUUCUGUGCUGGAUGGGGAAUUCUUUUUGCUGCAGUCCUGGAGAUAAUAGGCAUCGUCUACAUUUAUGGAGGAAACAGAUUUAUUGAAGACAUAGAGAUGAUGAUUGGGAAGAAGAGCUGUUUCUUCUGGAUGUGGUGGAGGAUGUGCUGGUUUUUCAUUACUCCUGUGCUGUUAGUGGCAAUUUUGGUCUGGUCAUUAGUGACGUUUUCAGCUCCCACUUAUGGCUCAGUGCCAUAUCCAACAUGGGGAACUGCUGUUGGCUGGUGUAUGAUCAUCUUCUGUGUCAUCUGGAUUCCCAUUGUGGCUGUUGUAAAAAUAUUUAAAGCAGAAGGAAACCUUUUUCAGCGCAUCGCAAGCUGCUGCAGGCCUACAGCAAACUGGGGUCCCUACCUGGAAUGUCACCGAGGAGAAAGAUACAGCCACGUUGUAACUCCCAAAAAGGAAAAGGAGCAUGAGAUUCCUACUGUGUCCGGCUUUAUGUACAUCCGAGAAUGAGAUGGCUCUUUGGAUGAUCAACUUUUAACAUAGAUGUGUGUUUUCUUUAACUGUUAGAAAGUGACAAUGCAAAACAACAAUCAACCUUCUGCCCUUUCAAGUUCAGCCUUCAGAUGCAAGCAAGCCCCAUUAUUUAUUUGUAGUGUUGUAUUCUUGGGGAAGAACAGACCUUCCCAGGUAACCAGGUCUGAGAGGGCAGGAGGAGGCUUUGCAGCCUCCCCAGGCUGAUGGACCUGGGCAUGCGUGGUCCCAUCCCACCAGUAUCCAGCUGGACUGUGCCUACUGGUGUGGAGAAGAAUAAAAACACACCCUGGUGCUUCCCAGCUACAUGAAAUUGAAGCCAAAAGUUGCUGUACUUGCAUGCACUUCUGUGCUGUGGGCAGCAUGCAGCUCUUCCUUCUGCUGUGCCCUCUGCAGUGCUGUGUGGGGCUGUGCUGUUGCCUGGCCCUGCAGCUCAGGGAACAUGAAGACUUUUUCUUAAAACCUUGCUCAAUGCUGUGAGGCUGCUCAGGAUCUGAUGUUCGCUACACAGUGCGUUCAUUUUGUCUAUGCACCUAAAUAUUGAGUGGCAAGAAGUUGCCAUCACUGGAAAUAAGGCGGUGAGAAGCGGCCUGCUCUAUCGUUAUUUCUCUUGGAGCCCACCAAGUCACCUUUUGUUGUGUCAUGCUCUGUGCCCAGCAUUCAGCCAUUUAUAAUUCAAACAUCCCAUAUCUCCAAUAAUCUGUCCUUGGGCUCUGCAGCCCCCAAUGGCAACCUUUGAUUUCUGCUCUCCAUGCAGCCAGCAAGGCUUGUUCUCUCCUGGGAUUUUCCUUGCAAGGGAAAGCAGAGUGCUUUCUAAGGGUUCAAACAGUGUCAUCAGUCUUUGGAUAGAGCUAGAAGAAGCAGAACCGCCAGGUGAAGGUUAGAAUUGACUUUGUAAUACCAGUAGUCCAACAUUUGCUGAUGUGUGAGAAUACUGAAAAGUGAGGAAGUCUGUGAUGUAUUUGGAAAAGCAGACUUUUGCUUUUACCUUGGAACUAAUGGGAUAGCUGGAGAGCUGACCUCACUCACAAUAGGACUGAAUUCCCCUCUUAAAAAAAAAAACCUCAAAACAAGGCUUUAUGGAAUGAAAGCAUCCAUUUUCUGUGCUGGGGCAUGUCUCUCUCACUGUGAUAAUGGUUCCUCAGGAACAGUGCAGCAGGGUUUCUCAUCCCUUCCUCUCAGGGCUUUGUCACUGUUUCUGAACAUUGAAGGACUGUGGAUCGUGGCUCGUUGCCCAAGACGCACACCUCGCUGUAUGUUUUGUACUGAUUUUUUUUGUGACAAAUCAACACUUGAUUGCAAAUAAAAUGUAAUUUUCUGUUUUUAAUGGCUCUUUGGAGCUGGAAAAUGA